AUCCAACUUCAUACCUCCGGCUCUUAGUUUGUGUAGUUCGUCCGGGGAUGUAGGAAGUGCUGUUCUAGCUCUAUUAUUGGAAUUUAAUUUAUUAAAAAAAAAAAACAAAGUUGUUGGAUUGUUGAGGAUUUUUUUGUUGCAAAAUAUAAGAUGAGAACCGGAAGUGCUAGUAGAAAUUCUCCACCACUUGGAUUUCUUAAGACAUCCCCCAAGAACGGUUCAAGCUACAAACCCUCAAGGAUCCUCUCGAGUUUGGGAAUACUCGAUAAGGAUACAAUUACGGGGAAGAAUCGUCGUAAAUCGAGGAAGGGUGGUGGUGGCUUAUCGCCCAAAAUGACCGAUUCUGUGUACAAGAAGCGUGGUGUUGAUUUCACGGAUUUCGCCUACAGGGAAGCCGUGAAUAGGCUAAAGUAUCUCCUAGCUGAAUCCUACACACCCACCAAGAUGCCGCAAUAUCAUCAUCGUGUUGGCAAUGAUUCUGCCGAUGAUACGGAUUACCAAUCAAGCACUGAACGUCCGGUACUCUCUGAAAUUUCCAAAUACUUCCCCCAAUCGUCCGCAUUGACGCACUUUAAUACAAAACGCAUGAUGAAUGAGUACCCCCAGGGGGGUACAACGAAGGAGAACUUCCCGUUGGGGUUGAAGCCCGCCUAUUCAACGAGUAGCCUUCAACAAUCGGAAAUAGCACAGUUCACUGACGUCACCAAUCCACCACCCCCGCAAGAGCUAAUGAAUUUCAUUGAGCGCCAAGAGAGCUAUAUUGAGCAAUUGGAGAAGGAAUCCCAAUUUUGCCGGGAAGAAUUGGCUAAUCUAUUGUCCAAAGUUAAGAAUGUCAUUACGGAGAAUGAAACACUGACGGAUCAGGCAAAAGUUGGGCUAACACGGACCUUCUUCAGUAAUUUGGAUUCAUCUGAGAGUGAUGGGGAACACGGAGAGGGUGGUAAGGGGCUUCAAAUGAAGUACAGACAACCGAAGAAUCUUUCUUUUGGCCCAAAUAUUGUCUUUGAGUCGAGAAUAAGUGAAUUGGAGGCACAACUAGCUCAAUCAGCUAUUGAUUUUAAGCGUCUCACCGAAGAGAAUGAGAGUAAUAAAAGGAAAAUUGCCCUGGGAGUUGCAGACACGGGAUCAGCCGAUAUCUACAGGAAGCAAAUUGAUGAUUUGCAAAAAGAUAAGGCCAUGCAAGAGGAAACAAUUCGAAAGCUUCAAAUGCAUAUUAAUGAAAUGAAGGAAGCAGAUUCCUUUUCAAAGGGACAACGUGCGCGGGAUUUCACGGAGCAGGUUGCCUUUGAGCGAGCUCAAGCGGAGAUUGAGAUAAGACGCCUCAAGGAUGAACUUGAGAGGCAACAUGAGCGUGUACGUGAAAUUCAAAAUGAGAUGGCGAGAAGAAUUUCCGAUGAGCGCACCAAUGCAGAGCGACGCUACAACUACCAAGUUGAUCAAUUGGGUGGAGAUCUAACGUCACAAUGGGAGACAGCAUCAAAGCUCCAGCUGGAGUUGGAGCGUCAGAAACGCAUGGAGACAGACUGCAAGAGGGAUCUAAUGCAGAAAAAUGUGCAAAUUGACGAGUUAAAAGCGGAGAUUAAGAAUAAAACGGCUGCGUGGCUAUCGGAUGUGGCGCAAAUGAAUGCGGAAAAGCAGAGUCUCGAGCAGGAAAUUACAUCAUUGCGAAUGCAACUUGAACGAGCAGAGAGGCAGGGUAAGGUGGAGACGUCGCGCCUCAAUGCAGAAGUCAAUUCACUGCGUCAGCGUCUCGAUCGAUCGGACGGCGACCUCUUGCACGCUCGCCGUGAGAAUCUCCGGCUGUCGGAUCAAAUUUCAGCAUUGGAGAAAGAGAUUGCACUUGGAGAAAUUGCACGAGAACCACGACCGAAGGAAAUGUCGAAAAUUAUCACGGAUAUGGAAGCGAAGCAUGCAAACACCGUCUCCGAACUGGAAGGAAUGAUUCAUGAUCAGAGACAGCUCAUGGAAAAACUGACUUCCGAGUGCAAAACUUUAACACAAAAAUUAGAGGACACUUCAUUGAAACAUAAAAAUGACACACAAAUCUUGAGACAGACAAACAGAGAAUUGAUGGAGAGACUGAGACAAAUAUGGACGAGCUAUAAGGACAUUAAUCCACUCUAUAGGAAUGGAAAGGGCCUUAAUAAAAGCUCAAGUAGUGAUUCAGAGACACACAAUCACACUGAUAAAAAGCAGCAUAUGUGCAAGAUGGAGGUAACAUCCAUGGGGGAGGAGGAAGUGGACUUGAAUACACGGCAAGAGAGGAACCCACACCAGACGUCAUUGUCUCCCCAACCGCCCACGACGAUGCAUCCCCAGAACGAAGCUACACCAAACAACAAGAAUACACCGGAAUCAGCGGUGGUGGUGAACCAAUCAGCCGAAGAAUGGAGUACAACACCUCACCGCCACGUGGAGAUAAGUACAUCAACAGCAGUGAGCGGGUGGAAGUGGAAAAGUCACGAGCAGAUGAGCGAAAACUCCAUCCAAAUCUCUCACGUUCCGGAAGUCGACAGAGUGUACUGGAGGAGCGAGGAAGAAGUGAAUUCAGGAGUUCAUCCAAUGGCGGGGAGUACAGCAGUGUAUCCCGUGAGGGAAGUCGAUCGCGAAGAGAUGAUGCGGCAACGCUUGAAGGAGGAAAUGAAGAGAGAACUACAGGAGUGGAGUUGCAGCCGGAAUACGAUGGAGCAGGUGAAUUGGGACAAUUUGGCGGAGCGUCGACAGCAGUGGAGUACACCAGUGGGGGAGAUUAUACGGCAGCUGGAGGGGAAAUCGCAGGAGAUACUUUCGAGCCUCAGUACGAUGCAACAACCUAUGGGCAACAGGGUGGCUAUGGGGAGCAGCAACAAGCACAGUAUGAGCAGUACGAUAGUCAGCAGUAUGGGCAGCAAGGAGACUAUGGGUAUGGGGAUCAGCAGUACCAGCAGGAAUAUGAUCCCAAUCAGUAUGUCCAAUACAGCGGAGAAGGUUACGACCAACAACAGCCCGUUGUUACUUAUGCCGAAUCAUCCGUUGCCUAUGGCAUUGCCGAUACCGUACCAUCAGCAGCAGCAUCAGCAGGUGUCCCCAGGGUCACCACCGAGGAAGCUAUCAAACGACCAAUUACCGGUGCGGCAGGAACAGGAGAAGUACAGCAAAUCUAUGCAGAAUCGCCUAAGGGCACUACAAAUGUGGGGAACACAGAUUCCGGAAAACAACCAACAGGCAAAUUACUGUCAGAACAGUUUACCCCGCCAGUUGCCCCCACUGUUGCAGCAACAAGAACCUCCGGGGGUAAUGGUGCAAAAUUCACAAAGCGAUAGUCUCAGCAAUUAUCAACACAAUAUUCCCGAUGAUGGCUUCCGGAUCAGUAUUAGUAGUCCAAGUUUAUUCGAAUGCAGCACCUCAAGUUCUAGUCCAACACAUUCACCCAUUCCAACAGUGCAAGAGAGGUUGUAACAUCAAACAGAUUACCUAUAAAUUAUAUUGCAACAAUCUCUGCACAAAAAAAAUAUAUAAUUGUACUUAUAUACCAAUAAAAUAUGCUUUAAAAAAAUUA